AUGACAGUCAUAACGCCCGAGAACGUGCUGCACACAGAUAAAACCACAGAUAAAACAAUCUGGGGCCCCGGCGCCGCCUCAUUCUCGCACCGCCGCUUUGUCAACUCGCAAGCGAACAAGAAGACGCUCAAUCCCGCCGCGUUCCGCGCGUUUGGCGGCGGAGCUACGUUAUGCCCCGGACGCCAUUUCGCGACGACGGAGAUUCUCGCCGCGGCGGCUAUGUUGAUUGCGAGGUUUGAGAUGGAGCCGGCGGGAGGGGAGGGCAGAUGGCCGGAGCCAGAUCGCCAGAAUUCGAAGCUGUGGGCGUAG